UUCACUUUGACCCAACCAGUUCUAGCUCCUUCUAGUGAUCAUCUACUGAAGAGAAACACAAAACUCAGGAGUUUCUGCACACGGGGAGAUUUCCAUUAUGCCAGGCUACUCAGAAUUUUAUUUCAACGUUAAUCAUGGUUAUCUAGAAGGACUGGUCCGAGGCUUUAAAGCUGGAAUCUUGAAAGCUUCUGAUUAUGUUAACUUAGUCCAGUGCGAAACUCUGGAAGACCUGAAGUUACAUUUACAAACCACAGAUUAUGGAAACUUCUUGGCCAAUGAAACUGGUCCUCUUACCGUUUCUACAAUUGAUGACAAACUAAAAUUCAAACUGUUGACAGAAUUUCAGUAUUUUAGAAAUCAUGCCUUUGAACCACUUUCAACUUUUCUAAAUUAUGUUACGUAUAGUUAUAUGAUUGAUAAUGUGAUUCUCCUCAUUACUGGUACAUUGCGCCAAAGACCCAUAGAUGAAUUGGUUCUUAAGUGCCAUCCUUUGGGCAACUUCGAGCAAAUGGAAGCUGUCAGCAUUGCUCCCAACCCUGCAGAGCUCUUCAAUGCAAUCUUGGUCGACACACCAUUAGCUGACUUUUUUCAAGAUUGUAUAUCUGAAAAUGACCUGGAUGAAAUGAAUAUUGAACUCAUGCGCAACAAACUGUACAAGUCAUAUCUUGAGGCUUUUUAUGCAUUUUGCAAAAAAGAAGGUGGCACUACAGCAGAUAUAAUGUGUCCUAUUUUAGAGUUUGAAGCUGACCGACGAGCAUUUAUUAUCACAAUUAAUUCAUUUGGAACAGAACUAAGUAAAGAGGACAGACAGAAGCUGUAUCCAACUUGUGGCAGGCUGUAUCCAGAAGGCUUAGAUAUGCUUGCCAAGACUGAGGAUUAUGAGCAAGUGAAGGGUGUGGCGGACUACUAUGCUGAAUACAAGGCUUGCUUUGAAAUGGUUGGAGGUAGUACAGGUGACAAAACCUUGGAAGAUGGUUUUUUUGAGCUCGAGGUAAAAAUGAAUGUGCUGGCAUUUAACAGUCAAUUUCAUUUUGGCGUUUUUUAUUCCUACAUUAAACUGAAGGAACAAGAAAGCAGAAAUAUUGUAUGGAUUGCUGAAUGCAUUUCUCAAAGGCACAGAACAAAGAUUAACAACUACAUCCCCAUAUUCUAAAUUGAUUCUUAGUGGUACCUGUUGUCAUUUAUUAAGGGUCCUUUACUAAAUUAUUCCUCAAAAAAACACACCAGUCUGUUUACAUGUUUGGCCAUUAGGAAGAAAUUGUCUUAGAAUGUAGCAUUUCGUUGUUCCCACAUGUUAAAUCUGUUUAAAUGAAAUAACUCAUAGCCUAAUUUGAGCAAUUUUCAGUUAUUAUAUUACAACAAAUGUAAGGUGAAUACAAAAGCUUGUGAUUAGGAUGUUUCAAAUAUCCUACUUUACGAAAGGCAAUCAUCCAUUUAAAGGGCUGUCAAAGAUGAUUUUCAAUAUAAAGGCAAGCGCCACUUGAAGAGAUUUUCAAGACAUGUAUGGCUUAAAGAUAAAUAAUAAUCAGUUUAUGCAGGACUUUAAUGCUUGUGAAUAAUUAGCACCUGAAGCAAAGGUUUCUAUGGAUGUGCUCAGGAAAUUGAAACUGGUGGCAGAAUGGUGCAAUUGAAAUGCUGAGUGUUUUAAUGUAUGUCCUAUAUGUGAUGCACAUAGUAAACAGGUAUACCAUUAAUCACACCAUUAUGGCUGCCAUAUUGACUUUUCUGAUAUAGAAUAGAAUAGAAUAGAAUAGAAGAGAAGAGACGAGAACAGAAGAGAAGAGAACAGA